CCGUCUUCUCUCUUUCCCCCCUCUCUCUUUAUUUCUCUCUUUCUCCCAAUUUCCCCCACUUCACCACUAUAAUUAUCAUCAUCAUGACCACCCACUCCGACCGUAUCACCCCCCUCUGCUCUCAAAUCGCCCAUUUCCACCACACCCGCACGCCCUUUCGCAUCUAUCACGGAACCACCAACUCCACCCGCCAUUCCGGCUUCACCUCCGCCAACUCCCUCAACACCGCCCACCUCAGUCAUGUCCUCGCCGUCAAUCCCUCCACCAAGACCAUCCAGGUCGAACCCAACGUCCCCAUGGACGCUCUCCUGACCGCCACUCUCGCCCACAACCUCGUCCCCCUCGUCGUCAUGGAAUUUCCCGGAAUCACUGCAGGCGGUGGCUUCUCGGGCACCUCCGGCGAGAGCAGCUCUUUUCGACACGGCUUCUUCGAUGCCACCGUCACUCAGAUCGAGAUUAUCCUAGGCAAUGGCGAGUUUCGCACGGCCUCGCGCAUCGAGAACGCCAAAUUAUUCCAUGCCGCGGCCUCUGCCUUUGGCACCAUGGGCGUCAUCACUAUGCUCGAGAUCCAAUGUCGCGAUGCGAAACCGUUUGUCGAACUGUCCUAUCUGCCGGCGCGGACCAUUCCCGACGCCCUGCAGAUCUUCCACGAGAAGACCCACGACCCGGACGUUGACUAUCUAGACGGAAUCGUCUUUUCCAAAGACCAUGUGGUUGUGUGCGCAGGGAAGCUGAGCGAUGGCAACACCCCGCACAACCACCAUCAUAACAUCCAACACUUCACCCGCCCCCAGGACCCCUGGUUCUACCUUCACGCUCAACGUUCCGGGCAGAUAUCUCCCCCGGCCAACCCAACAACAGACCUCAUCCCCCUACCCGACUACCUCUUCCGCUACGACCGCGGCGCCUUCUGGACCGGCCGCUACGCCUACAAUUACUUCCUAACCCCCUUCAACCGCAUCACCCGCUACCUCCUCGAUUACUUCAUGCAUACGCGCGUCAUGUACCACGCGCUCCACGCCAGCGGCCACGCCAACCAAUACAUCAUCCAAGACGUCGCAGUUCCGUACUCCACCGCACACGAAUUCCUCACCUGGCUCGACAACCCCGACAACUUUGGCGCAUACCCCAUCUGGCUCUGUCCCUUGAAAGUCUCCGGCGACAAAAGCACAAGCAACCCGGAGAUCAUAGGCCGAGGGAAACUCUCCCCUGGACAGGACGACGAUCCCUACCUCCUCAACUUCGGCCUCUGGGCGCCCUCCCUCCAUCGAGGCCCAGCAUUCAUCGACCAAAACCGACGUCUAGAGCAAAAGGUCCGUGCCCUGGGCGGCAAGAAAUGGCUAUAUGCGUGCGCAUAUUACACCGAGCCCGAGUUCUGGGACAUCUACGAUAAACGCCGGUAUGAUGCCCUGCGGGAAAAAUACCACGCUGGCUACUUGGGGGAUUUGUAUCAAAAGGUCCGGGUUGAUUUGGACCCAGCAAGUACAGACCAGGGACUGGGCUGGGGACCGUGGCUCGGACAGCUCGCUUGGGAUAUUUGGCCUGUGAGUGGCUUGUACGGGGUAUAUCGGGCUUGGAGGGGAGGUGAUUAUCUUUUGAAACGGAAGUAGUAGUUGUCUUGGUUAUUGAUAGAUUUGUUAGAUCCACCAUUACUGGUAAGUGUGUCCGUAAUAUAUGUACUACUACCACUACUAUAUAUACUAUACAUUAUUACAAUACAUCC